CAUGAUGUCAGCCUUCUGCAAGUGCUUGCAACUCGGGAUAUAUAUAAAAUGAACGAUCUUACACUAGUUACUCAUUCGUUAGUUUGAACUCAAGACGAAAACUAAGCAUCAUGCUCAAAUACGUAGCUUUGGUUUGCGUGCUAGUAGCGGUCUGCUCAGGCGCACCGCAGCAGAACCCACAAGACGUGCAGAUCCUGCGCUUCGAUAGCAACGUUGAGCCCGAUGGUUACAGCUUCGCCUAUGAGACCAGCGACGGCACCUCCAGACAGGAGGAGGGCAAGCUGGACAACCCUCAGUCAGAGAACGCCGCAUUGACCGUCACUGGUCAGUACGCGUACGUCGCCCCUGACGGCAAACACUACACCGUCACCUUCACCGCCGGACCCAACGGCUUCCAGCCCAAGACCUCCCUAGGACAAUAAGAUCACACAACGAAAUAAUCUUGUAAAUAGUUAAUACUCCUCACAGUAGAAUACUACUUUCAAUAGAUUUGUCAGAUCACAAGAUCUCAGCAGUUAAGGGAUCUAAUUCUAAAUUCGCGUGCCAUAAGGACGUCUUUUGUUUAUAAAUAUUGUGUAUAUUGCUUUUUGUACUUUUAUAAAAUUUUAAUGCAACA